AUGCAGGUUCUUGAAUUUACGCUAAAAAUUCUUAUGGUUGUCGGAUGCUGGCCGCCAAAUUCUUGGACAUCAUCAUUGUGCAAACGCACUGUGUACAACGCAUAUACCAUUUUUAUAUCAUUGUUAUUAUUCACGUUUGUGUUGUCUCAACUUAUGGAUAUCAUCCUGAACGUCGAUAAUACCGACGAUUUUGCGGACACUUUCUACGUCAUGCUUGCCCUGGUCAUUUCAUGUUGUAAAAUGAUCGGUCUCUUGAUAAAUCGCAAGAAUAUUGAGAUGUUAACCAAUAUCCUUAUUCGAAAACCGUUUAUCCCGCUGGAAGCCGACGAAAUAGAAAUUCGACAUAGAUUCGACAAGACGAUACAAACCAACAGUUUGUGCUACACGAUCCUGGUCGAGACCACGUGCAUUUGCAUCGCGUUGACGUCAGUAUUCACAAAUUUUCGCAAAGGCACUUUAACGUAUAGAGAAUGGACUCCGUACAACUCGUCCGUGAUAUUCCGCAUAAUGUACACUCGUCAGUUAAUAAGCACGUUAUUUGGCUCUAUGGUGAACGUGGCUUGCGACACUUUGAUCUGCGGCCUGUUGUUGCACGUCUGCUGUCAGCUCGAGAUACUCGAGUGUCGGCUCAGAAAGUUCACCCUUGGUCGAAACAAUUUGCGUGAAUGUCUACGUCAGCACGACGGUAUAUUUAAAUUUGCGUUUAUGGUAAAUGAAAAAUUCAAGAUAAUUAUUGGUAUCCAGUUUAUAGUGAGCACGCUAGUGGUUUGCUCCAAUUUAUAUCAAUUGGCGAAGAUGACGAUGACGAGUGUGCAAGCUUUUCCAUUAAUAUUAUACACAUGCUCCAUGCUGGCGCAGAUUCUUAUCUAUUGCUGGUAUGGAAACGAAGUUAAAUUAAAGAGCGUCGAACUAGUAUCUAAUGUUUUUAAAACAGAAUGGCUGGAACUGGAUCAAAGCGGAAAGAAGAGUUUAUUAAUUAUUAUGAAUCGCUCGCUAAUACCCAUUGAAUUUUCUAGCGCAUAUAUUCUUACGUUGAAUCUCGACUCUUUCGUAAAUUUACUUAAGACAUCAUAUUCAGCCUAUAACAUACUACAACAAAUGGGAACAACGCAUUUAAAAUUUAAUACGAGGAGAAAUAAGAAAUGUCAAGAAAUGCAAGUCAUGCAAAUUCCACUGAAAAUUCUGACGGUGGCGGGAUGCUGGCCGCCAGUUUCCUGGUCCUCGCUGUGCAAACGAAUAGUAUACAACGCAUACACAAUUUUCAUAAGUUUAUUAUUGUUCACCUUGGCGGUGCCGCAAUUUCUGGACAUCAUCCUGAAUGUCGACAAUCCCGACGAAUUCACCGAUGCCCUUUACGUAAUGCUGGCUUUGGUCAUAGCUUGCUGCAAGAUGCUCAGUCUGUUAAUAAAUCGUAAGAACAUUGAAAUGUUAACCAAUGCGUUAAUGGAGAAACCAUUUAGACCACUGGAACCAGAUGAGAUCAAGAUUCGACAGAAAUUUGACAAUAUCAUACAGACCUAUGCUAUAUGGUAUGCUAUCUUAGUCGAGAUAGUGUGCGGAUGUAUGACCCUAACGUCUUUGUUCACGGACUUCCGGAGAGGAGAUUUAGCAUACAGGGAAUGGAUACCAUAUGAGUAUUCGACCAAUAUAAUGUAUUAUAUUAUUUACUUUCGCCAAUUAAUAAGCCUGACGGCUGCAUCCAUCAUGAAUGUUGCCUGCGACUGUCUGAUCUGUGGUUUGCUGCUGCAUAUUUAUUGCCAAAUUGAGAUCUUGGAGUGUCGAUUAAAGAAAUGCUUGCGCGAUCAGGGCAAUUUGGGCGAAUGUGUACAUCUACACGACCACAUCUAUAAAUUUGCAUGCAUGGUAAACGAUAAAUUCAGGAUUAUUAUUGGUGUCCAAUUCACAGUAAGCAUGUUAGUGGUGUGCUCUAAUUUGUUUAAACUGGCGACAACGACGUUAGGCGCGGAAUAUAUUCCACUGAUAAUGUACACAUUUAUUAUGACUUUUCAAAUACUUAUUUACUGUUGGUUUGGAAACGAAGUAAAAUUAAAGAGCAUUCAAUUAUAUAAUGAGAUUUUCGAAAUGGACUGGAUAAAAGCAGACAAAAAAAUAAAAGAGAGUCUUAUAAUGAUUAUGAAUCGCUCUCUGACGCCGAUUGAAUUUUCUUGUGCACAUAUUCUUACAGUAAAUUUAGACUCUUUUGUCAAGUUGCUGAAGACAUCGUAUUCAGCAUAUAGUAUACUUCAAUGUAUGUAGAAAAGAAAUUAUAUUUUUAAAAGAAGGUAAAAUGGACGAAAUAAA